CAAUAAAUAUUUUUCUCUCUUUUCGUCACAAACCGGUUGGAAUAGCCACCGGAGUUUUUCAUUCUCACUCGGAUUCAAUCCCAAUGCCAUUUUCGGCCGUCGCAACAAAAAGCAACGUACCAGUGAUUCAGUUCCGUCGAACCAGUAUCCCCGAUUGCGCAUUAAAGCCAUUUGAUUGACAUCAUAGAAACCUUACACAACAAUACUGAACAAUGCUGGGAUUUUCAUAUGGAGAAAUAUUUCUAUUGCUGGGAGCCACUGCUGCUCUGAUUGGUCCAAAGGAUUUGCCAAUCAUAUCCAGAACAGCUGGGAGGAUAGCCGGCCGGGCUGUUGCAUAUGUACAAUUGGCCCGAGGACAGGUUCAAUCUGUUAUGCAGCAAUCUCAAGCUAACCAGCUUCAUAAGGAACUUCACGGACUGAUGUCACAAGUAGAUGCUAUUAAACAUGAAGUUCGAAGUCUAUCAUUCAUAAAUCCUGGCCCUUUAACUCGGAGCCUUGAUAAUCUCGACCAGCCAUCUAUCUUAAAUGACUACAGGAAACCGGAAGGGGCUGGGGUGAAUCUCUCAAUAUCGUCUCUUACCAAGGAUUCAACUCCAUUGUCAUCCAAUUCGUUCAAUAUGCAAAGCCAAGCAACUACUUAUGCCAAGUUGGCUGAGGCUCCUUCCAUAAGGAAUGGUUCAUUGGCAAGCAGCGCUGAAGUUGAGAAGAUUAAAGAUGGUCUGCAGCUUAUUGUCAUGCCAGUUUCUGCUGAAACUGCUGGACUCUUACCAAAUCGCGGGGGAGCUGAUGUGAAAGGUUCUGACAUAGUCCAAGAAGCAAUUUUGGAAGCAGAGGUAGCUCAUAAAGCAAAGGAGUUCUUUUCUCAGCCCGAGAAUCAGCCUGAAAAUCAAAGAGGAUUGAUAUAGUAAUCCUACAUAAUACCAUAACUUUUUCAGAUAAUGUUUUGGCAGGUUGGUAGCAUGGUUAUGGACAUGGCAUACUAUUGGUUUGUGAAUGCACUUGAAGCUAGGACUUGAUUAAGAAGCAAAGUGGAGAUGUAAAGAGGAAGUGAAAAGGAAAUGGAAGCUUUGAAGUGGAGCUGAGCUGGAACAGGUCUUAGGAAGUUAGAAAAGUCAAUGGGCAACAGUUGACUAAAAAGUCAACUGCUUCACAAAAAGUCAACUGUUUCACAAAAAGUGUGUUUUUUCAUGUACUUCAAAUUUUGUAAUGUAAAUUUCAUUUUUGCAAUGUAUCCUUGAAUUUGACCUUGUAUGUUGACCUUUGUAUGUUUAACUUCUCUCUUGUUUCUUGUAGUUGAAGUAAUUAAUUUAAAUGAACAAUGAUAGUCUUGCCUCUUGAAUAAACCUUAAGACAAAAAAGAUGCUUAACCAAAUAAUAUGGUCAAAGAUGACCUUGAUCAAAAAGUCAACCUCCCAUGGUUGAUUUUGAUCAAAAGUCAGUUUUGCAAAAUGACUUCCAAAUCUAUCCUUUCUCAUCAAAUAUGC